UUUUUUACAGUGAAAACAAAAUGGCGGACUCCAUGUUUGUGUUGUUCGUUUAUAGAUUUUGCCGUUUAUACGAGAUUUUAUAAUGGAUGUAGACGUGUUAGGUACCGUAAUUGCUACGUUAAUAAAGACCGAAACGAUUUUCAAUCAGUGUUUUAUUGAAGAUAACGACGAAGAGGAGGAAUUCGUCUUUUACAGCGCGGAUGAAUUAUUAAAGGCAGCAUGUGUUAAAAGUGAUGCGGAUAAAAACAUUGAAAAGGUAUAUGAAUCAAGCGAUAAAAAGUUAAAGAGCGCGAUUAAGCGGAGGAGAAUAUCAAAGAACGGAAACAAAGCCGAUAAAGCAUCUCAACCUUUGAUACCUUUAGAACUGUUGAGUGAUUUUAAAGCUCAGUUCAAAAUGACAACUACAACAUUCGAAAAAUUAAUUCAGGCCCUUCGCUAUAAUCACGAAAUGGAGAGAAAAUCAGGAAGACCCGCCGUUCCAUUCACCAAACAAUUGCUUAUUGUGGUGUGGAUGCUGGUUAAUCAAGAACCGUUUAGAAUUAUAUCAGAAAGGUUUGUGGUACCAAAAUCAACUAUCGAAAGCUGUUUCAAGAGAAUUAUAUUUUUGAUGCAUCAAGUUAGUCCGGAUAUCAUAAAAUGGCCAAGAGAUAAAGAAGCCACCGACGAAAUGUUAGCAUUUAAAGAAAUAUCUGGACUUCCAAAGGUAUUAGGUGCCAUUGAUAACAUUCACAUAAAUAUAAAAUCGUCACGUGCCUUACCAGAAGUUUACAAUAAUAGAAAGGACUUACAACUGUGGUACUUCAAGCAACUUGCAAUCACAAAAUGAUGUUUACUAGUUGCAGUACUAAAUCACCUGGAUCAUUAACGGCCGAACAAGCAUUUGAAGGUUCUGAAUUAUCUAAACAAGCUAAAGACGAUCAAAGCAUGUUUCCUGAAGGAGCUUACCUAGUCGGACCGUGUAGCUAUCCACUUCACACAUGGCUAAUUACACCGUAUCAAGGAGAACAACUGACCGCAGAACAUGAACAUUUAAAUAAUGCAUUGACCGAAGCACACAGACCUAUCAGCAAGGCAUUGAAAUUGUUAAUGACGCGAUUUCAACGUUUAAAAAUGUUAGACAUGAACAGGUUGGAUUUAAUUCCAUCCUGCUUAAAAACUACUUGUGUUAUCCAUAAUGUGUGUAUCAUGAAUGAUGACUUAAUGGACGUAACCGACGUAGACAACGAGUAUAAUA